UGCAUGCAACACCAGAGAGAAUGUGCUAUGGGAACUAUAUCACAAACCAGGAAACUCGGAGCGAAUACAGCAAACGAGGACGAUGAAAAGAUCAUAGAUGAUCAGUUCCGUUGGACUAAGUGCAGAUAGCCAAAGUGAAUCUUUUGUUUGGUUUAAUCAUUUAUUUUUUUUUGGGAGGAUGGCUCUGAUUAUUCUAAGGGGAAUUCAUCGAAAUGUGCUAUGCUUGGUGAUCUUCACCCGAUUACGAGGCGAUCAGACAGACGUUCAAUCGACUGACACAACUAGCGGAAAAGCACCGAAAGGAUACGACGACAAGCCGACCCAAGAUGGACAGCUGAUCUUUGGUGGUUUAAAUUGCAGCCACUCGACUAGCAUCUACACCUACGUCCAGCUUACAUUGGUAUGCAGCAUACUUGAAGCUCUCAUGGUAGUGAGUAUGAAAAGACAAUCACGCUCAUUCUACACGGAAGCCAUACUCCGGAUACAGCGCAGCUGAAGUUUAUUCUAAGACACAUAUCGCGGAUGGGUAGGUCCACAUUGCUACUCAAACAAAGAACGGCAGGGUGCUCUGUGCUUACAAUUGCAUUAGAGAUCCGACAUCUCCUGGGGAAAAGCGCCAAUUAACCUGGAAUAGUGUUACCACCCAGAUGGGAAUUCGCGGUCCUCUC